AUGCAUCACCGCCCGCUCGCAUCGCAGCUUUUUGAUUUUCAGGCGGCCAAUUGUGCACCUUGAUCGCAUAUCAGACGAUUCCCCAUCCAAGCCAUCUCUCUACCCAGAGACAGCUUGAUUGUCGACCGACCAUGAGUAGACCGGAAAAGAAAAACAAAACCACAAAGCGCGAAGAGUAUCGCAAUGCGCGCAACCAAGAUGGCGUGGCUGAACUGCCCAAAAAGAAGUUCUAUCGCCAACGCGCUCAUGCAAACCCCUUCUCGGACCAUCAAUUAGUCUACCCGGCCAGUCCAGACUCCAUGAACUGGACGCAGUACUAUCCCGCAUUCGCAGCCAAUGACGAGACUCCCUCUACCGAUCCCACACUUACGGAGCCCACGAUCUUAGAUGCUUCGAAGCCGAAAACUCGCAGUCUGACGAAGGACGUGGAGGUUGUUGACAUUGGCUGCGGCUUUGGUGGCUUGACCGUAGCUCUGUCACCGAUCCUCCCAGAGACGCUCAUCCUCGGCCUCGAAAUCCGCACUUCGGUUACAGAAUAUGUCCAGGAGCGCAUCAAGGCCCUCAGAGUCCAGAACCAGGACACUGGCGGCUACCAGAACAUCAGCUGCCUGCGCGCCAAUAGCAUGAAGUUCCUCCCCAACUUUUUCAAAAAGGCACAGCUUUCCAAGAUCUUCAUCUGCUUCCCCGAUCCGCACUUCAAGGCACGGAAACACAAGGCCAGAAUCGUAUCCACAACGCUCAACUCCGAAUAUGCCUUUGCGCUGCGCCCGGGAGGCAUCGUGUACACUAUUACCGACGUCGAACCCCUGCAUCAGUGGAUGGUGGGCCACUUCAAUGCCCAUCCCGCAUUCGAGCGUGUGUCGGAGGAGGAGCAGGAAGCGGAUGAGUGUGUCAAAGUGAUGGCGUCCGAGACGGAGGAGAGCAAGAAAGUGACGCGGAAUCAGGGUCAGAAGCACAUUGCGCUUUUCCGCAGGCUGGAGGAUCCUCCAUGGUGAAUGGCAACGACUCGACCAGAGUGUUGGCGGCAUGGCUCUCUAGUAAGAGAGACAUUGGUGCUUAGUCUCGCAAGAGUUCAAAUAAUACCCCCUUUUUCGUGUCGUAGACUCUCAGAGACAACUAUAUCGUGCCUCGGUCGCAGUAGAGUCAUGAAAUUCAGUGUAGGUAUGACAUUCAAGAGGAUCAGGCUACUGCUUUCGACAGGCCUCCACGCUUGGCCCUGACUAUGGUACCUUAAAGGUUGUUUCCAAUGUGUUCAGUCCCUCACUGUCAUAAUUUUAUGCCACAGCACGAAUUCCCGGAUAGUUGCAUGUAUCUAUCUCUAUGAACAACGCAACCCAUACACCCAUGGUAGGUACCUUUCCGGUAGUAAGUGUAGGCAAG